AAUAAUUGAACCAAAUUUGAUUAUUUUCCGAAAUGGACUCAAGCUUUUGUUAAUGAAACCAGAUUUCUCCGGGGAAAUGUUUAAUUUUUUACUUUCAAUUAUAAAGAGUUAAGUUCUAAGAUCCCAUUUGAUUCUAGCCAACAAAAAAAUCCCAAUUACUGUUAUUUUCUUGCAUUUUCUCAUAAACCAAACAGAAGGAAAUUUUGUGUAAAAUCGAGAUCUGGAAUAUGGGUUUCUUAGUAACAACCCUAAUUUUUUCUGUGAUUGGGGUAAUUGCAUCACUUUGUACCAGCAUCUGCUGUAACAGAGGUCCCUCUGCUAAUCUGUUACAUCUAACAUUGGUCAUUACAGCAACUGUCUGUUGUUGGAUGAUGUGGGCAAUUGUAUAUCUAGCACAAAUGAAACCACUCAUUGUCCCCAUUUUAAGUGAAGGAGAGUGAAGUGUGUAUGUGUGUGUGUGUAUAUAUAUUGCACAAAAAUCAUUUGGAAGAUUAUCAGUAAAUCAGCAAUUAUGGAUUUUGGCCAUUGAGGGAAUACCUGAAUUUCAUUGUUUAAUGGAAUGGGUAAUUCAGUGUGCUCUCAUAAGUUGAUUUUGUAUGUGCUUUGAUUUGGAAUGGUGUUGGUUCUUUGAUGUUAUUAGUUUCUCAUUUGUUAUAUUGUUAUCAUUUUAUUAAAUUUUUAUAAAUUUUAAUGUUGUUCUAUCAGCUAUGUGUAAUUUUGAUAAAAUAAUAAUUGCUUGAAAUAAAAUAUAUGGCAUCUCUUGUUAA